UCAGCAACUCAUGUCCAUUCAUGUUCAAACUCGCCGAAACAAACGAACGACGCAGCGGACGAAACGCCGAUCGGAAAUCGUACAGUGCAACCUAAAUACAUACACAUGUACCAGACGCGCGCGUUUGUGUUUUAGUGUUGGCGGUGGCAAUUAAAAAAUAAAAAAAACAGCUGCGAAACACCAAAUAGCGAAAAAAGGGCAAACUUCUCGACGAAGACGCGCUAAAUUGUAUUUCGGUGCCUCGUCUGCUCUCUCGCGCUCUCCCAGUGCCGUUUGUGUGAGUGUUGGUGCUUGUCUGUGUGUGUGUGAGCAAAGCAAACGGGCAAACAAUUUGCCGCUAAUACAAAAAGCAGCUGAAGGCAGCGGCAAAAACCAGCUGACACAUCAGCGAUCCGCCGACUCUCGCGAGUGUGUGUGCUUGUGCGAAACCCACAAAAGAAAAUAAAAAGGCCAGGCGCUAUAAAUAAAGAUCGCGGAGCGCAAAUCGCAAAACAGCGCUAAUGUUCAUGUAGUCCACCGGCGGCGGAAACAGCAACAACAACAGAGUGCACGUGGUUCUUCAAACACCGAAUUUUUGGCCACGAUAAUAACCAAAUACACAAACACGAUACAAUAUGUCCGGCGUACCGGUUGCCAUCAAAACGGAGGAAGUUAUUCUAGAACACGCCGAAUACAACAGCGCCGAGGAAUUGGAUGAAGAGUUGCAAUUACAACUAGAGGAUUCAGGGGGCGAGAAUACGUAUCACAUCGAGUAUACUAGCGAGCCGGCCCAUCAGAUCUCCGGUUCCCAGCGGCGCCAAUCGAGCAUGAGCGGUACCAACACCUCAAAGGGUGGAGGGGGUGGCGGAGGAGGCGGAGCGAUUAGCGAUGGUGACUGCUCCGGAAAACCAAUGCAGGACAGCGAAAAGCGAAUGCGACGUGAAAUCGCCAACAGCAACGAAAGGAGACGGAUGCAGAGCAUCAAUGCCGGCUUCCAGAGCCUGCGAUCUCUGCUACCCAGACACGAGGGCGAAAAGUUGAGCAAGGCUGCCAUCCUGCAACAGACCUUCCAGUACAUCGUGGAUCUAGAAAACCAGAAGACGCAGCUGCUGACGCAAAACAGCGAACUGAAGCGACAGGUGGGCGAGCAUGAGGCCGGCGGCGGUGGAUCCGGCGAGGCCAACUCUGGUGGUAACUACAACGAUUCCAGCGCCAACAACAACGGGGGCAACUCUACGACGGCAGUGGCUAUCAAGAAGCGCAAGCUCACCGAUAACGUGAUCAACAUCCAGGCGAUUAGCGACAGCUCCGACGAAGGCCUGGGAUCCAUGUCCCCGGAACCGAUGACUCUUCUGACGGCGGGCGGAGCAGCCGCCACCAAGCUGAGCAGCGCCAGCAUUCUGGCCGCCAAGGAGCUACUCGAGAUGAAGAAGCAGCUGGAGAAGGAGCGCAGCUUGCGGCGAUUGUUGGAGGACGAGCUGCAGAUGAUUAAGCGGCAGCUGUAUAGCGUGGCCACUGCGCCACCCGGCACAGCAGUGGCAGCCGCAUCAGGCGGUAGCAAUGCCUACAUUCCACGCGAGGUCAUCGAGCACACCGAUAACUUUGUGCGCAGCGAAGAUCUGGAGGAGUUGGGCGGCACCGUCUCGUACGUGGAGAUUGACGAGAUGACGGGUCAGCAGCAGGUAGUUGUCUGCUCUAGCAUUGAGGAGCUGGAAGCAGAUGCCGCCGCCGAGAUCAUUACCGAGGAUCAGGUGCACGAGGAGGUCAUCCUAUCGUCGAAUAGCUCUACGGAGUCUGAGAACGAGGUGAACGUGAAUGCCAUUGCCAAAGCCUAUGCCGAGGGCUGUACGUCGAGUGCGGCCAUGCUGCAGCCCAUCCUGCAGGCGGCCAUCAAAGCCACGCCCAAGGUGGAGGUGGAGCGCAUCCACGAGAAGAUUGUCAAGGUCAAGACGGAGAAGCACGAGCAGCAAUCGAUCCAGGCCGCCACCCACUAUCAGCAUCCGCAUCGCCAGAACCUGGAGACCAUAGUCCAGGCCAUCCGCCAUUUGGAGGGCGAUCAUCUCUUUGCGGACGAGCAGCAGCAGCGUGGUCAGCAGCACCAUCACCAGCACCAUCAGCUAACCGGCGUGCACCAUCACAGUCACAGACUGGCGCAGGAUGCUCCAUUGGCCCUCACCACCACGGGCAAGCAGCAUGCGGCACUGGCCGAGCUGAGACCCUUCCUUCAGCUCAAAAGCGGCGGCAACAAGCAGGUGAUCAUCACGGCCAAGACGGCAAAGGAUGCCGGCGGCCUUGUCUCCUCCUCCAGCAGUAGUGCAGUCACGCCGACGGCCAUCUUCAAGGUGCAGACGACUGGCGGCAGCGUAUCCAACUCCGGGCACUCGCAGGCUGUAAUUAGCGGCAGCAACACCCAACAGGUGACCAUCACCACGACCGCCCUGAAGCAGUGCCGGCCGGGCGUCAUAGUGGCCAAGCAGUUGCCGUCGUCCUGAUUCAAUGGCCCCAAGAUGGGAACGGGAUUGGGAUCGGCAACUGGAGUCGCAGCAGCAGCAGCAGGAGCAGGAGCGGGAGCGGAAAUAGUGGCUGCUAUGGCAGCCGGCAGAUGUGGUGGUGCAGGAGCUGUUUCUAAUUCACGAGCUAGUAUUAAAGGCGCUCGCCAGACACCAGCAGCAGCAGCAGCAACGUCAACAACAACCACAACCACUCAACAAUUUACUAAGCAGAAUCCUCCAUUUGCAGCCUCGCGGCAACAACGUAAAAGUAGUGGCAGUAGCAGCAAGGAGACUGCUAUUAAACAACCGAGGUCGAGGCAAAAGUAUGUAAAUUAGUAAAACUUAAACGGAAAAAUAAGAAACAAAAUCAAAAAAUCUAAAAAAAAGAAGAUGGAUACCAAGCGCAGACCUAAAUAAUUUUUUGUAUUUUUGGGAUAAUAAAUAUAUAUAUAUAUAUGAUUUAAAUUAGAACUCAACCAAACCUAUUUCCAAGCUUAGAACGCCAACAAUAAAACAAAAACCCAACAAUCCAACAACUCAUCGACCUACAACAAUCCAAAAACCAACAAUUCAACAACAACACAUAGCCACUGUAAUUAAACGCAAAGAAAAAAUACACGUCGUAACAUUUGUUCAUUUAUUGGUUAAGAAAAAACUAGAAUUAAAAUACAGAAAACAUAAAAAAAGCAACUACAAGAAAAACAGAGCAAUUGAUUUACGACAACAAACAAAAAAUAGAACAGAAAACGAACAGAAAAUAACGAAACAAACAAGAUAAAUUGAACGAAAACAAAACAACAAAACAGAGAGUACAAAGAAAGAAGAAGAAAAGAAAAUAGACAUAAAAUUUAUGAAUUUUUCUGUUUAUAUUCAUUUUUUUGAACUCUAUAAACACCAUCGCAUUAAUUUUUACUUUUUUUAAAUUAUUAUUUUUAUUUGUAAUUUGAAUACAUAUUAUACUAUAUAUUAUAUACUUUGAAUGCAACUUAUUGAGUUUUUGUUGAUAUAUUUGUGUAAAAAUUUUUUAAGUCUAAUUAUGUAAGCGAAUGAGAGAAAAAACCCUAAAAAAAAAACGUAAAAAAUAAUUCGAAAUAAAACCACAAGCAAAAAAUUAAAACAAUCUAAAAAAAAACAGAACUAAAAACAUAAAAAAACAAGUGGAAAUCGUUUAUUAUAUAAACUAUUAUAAAAUACAUAUAUAUAUAUAUAAAUAUAAAUUAUAUACAAAUUAUUCAUACCUACCAUAAACAUAAACAUAUAUAAAUAGUACACAAGCAGAGUACAUAAACACAUAAGUAACGGAACAUUACAUAAUAUUACUACUAAACUACAAUAAAAUAAAACACAAGGAUA